AUGAUUCACAGAAAGCGUAUUCUGCAACAAAGUGGAAUGUUCAUUAAACAAAAUCCAGGUGAAGCACACCUCACUAUUGAUGAGCUACGUGAAAUGGCUGCAAGUGACAACUCCACUUUAUUGAUGUCCAAAGUGUCCAGAUACAUUGGCAAUAUUGCAGGUACUAGUGCUUACUAGAAUAAAGUGAGAGCGGCACUCAAAGCUAUAAUAACUAAUGUUGGAGCGCCAACAUUGUUCUUUACUUUCUCAUCAGCAGAUAUGCACUGGCCUGAAUUACAUGCUCUCUUUGGAGCAAACACUGGUAAUGCCACUAGUGAGGUAAGGAGACAAAAUAUUAUUAACAGUCCACAUAUAGGUGAUUGGUUCUAUACACAGAGACUAGAAAAGUUUGUAAAACACUGACUUUAUGAUACACUUGGUGCAAAAUGGCACUGGUUUAGAUAUGAAUACCAAGGUAGAGGUAGUAUCCAUUGUCAUGGUACUGCAAAACUACAUAAUGACCCAGGCUUGUGUCAACUUACUCAGACUGCUUUGAAAGGUUUCUUAGCUCAAAAAUUGAAAAAUGAAAAUGAUUGUUCUGACACAACUGAACUGGACCAGGAUAUUGAAGCUGGUGAGAAAGCAGCUGACACAGUAUGUCAGUAUGUUGAUUGGUUAUUAUCAACCGUAAAUUCUAAUCUACCAGAUGAGGAUAUGUGAAUCAGACCUGAGGUUCAUCCAUGUCAAAAAAGUCAUCACGACAUUCCUGAACAUGAAAAACAAUCAGUUUAUGUAGAUCUAUUAAACAUGGUUCAACGACAUACUCGUUGUAGUACAAGUUUUUGUCUUAGAAAGAAGUCAAAGGAAACAGAAUUGAAAUGUAGAUUUCACUUCCCUUUUGAUAUUUGUCCUAAGACAAAAUUAGAAUUUCAAAAAAUUCAUACCUCAUGUGAUAAUGAUUAUUAUCGAGCUAAGAUUGUGACUAAACGAAAUGACUCUAGAUUAAAUAACCAUCGACAACUUUAGCUGCAAGGAUGGAGAGCUAACUGUGAUACUCUAGUUGUUAUUGAUCACUAUGCUUGUGUUGAAUAUCUCACAAAAUAUGCAGCUAAAGGUGAGCCAAGAUCACCUAUAUUGAAACAGGCAUUCAAUUCUAUUGGGCAAAAUUUCGACAGUAAUACUGGCUCUCAUAGAGUUAUUAAGAAGGUAGUUAUGAAAUCUCUUGGUGAAAGAGAUUAUGCAGCUCAAAAGACAAUGCAUCAUUUGUUGUCAUUAAAACUCCACAGCUCAUCUUUUACAGUGAUGCCAGUUAGUCUAAAAGGUUCACGUAGGGUGCGUGAUACUGCAAGUAUUGACGAGGGUGCAUCGUGCACCGAUUAUUCACUUCUUGAUGUGUAUGCUAAUCGUGAACAAUAUGACAGUUCACAAAAUAUAAUAAAUAUGAACUUUGUUCAAUUUGCUACAACAUACAAAGUUGUUAACAACGAACUGACAAAAUUGUCAGAAAAUAUUGUACCACGAAUAUUCCCAACAUAUUCUCCUAAUCCGUGGAGGUAUAAACCGUGGAGAACAACCCAAAAAAUGCGCAUGGGGUGACCAAGAACCAACUGCCGAGGUUCUGGUCAAUUGUUGGCAUGAAUUUUUACAAUCCCCUUAUGGUCAGUCUAAUGUCCUAGACUGGUUUGAUAAAUUACAAACUGUCAUUCAAAGUCAAGAAGCAGAAGAUGAGGUUUGUGAAUGCUAAUGAGGUUUGUGAAUGCUUAAAGGUAGGUUACAGUCCCUUCUGCGCAUGCGCGGGCUUUGUUUACGUUUUUUGUUUUGAUCCACAUUAAUUGUAUAAGAUGAAGUAUAUGACGAGUUGAAAAUAACAUUCCACAUAAUUUGUGACCGAGGAGUGCAAUGUUUGACAAUACUUCGCUUCAUUUCUUGUACAUUUCUACACUGGAAAUUUUUGUACACAAUAACACAAUCUUAUACUGUAACUGUUUGACUGUAAACAUCGUGAAUAAAGAGGCCUCUUUGAACGUUGUGUGACUUGCUAUAUCAACAGCUGGGGCGGCGAACCGAAAUCCCGAAGGUGUGAGUUCGAAUAAUUUGUGUUUACCUUUGGAGUGUCUCAUCAUGAAAAUAUUUAAUGCGGUAUCAAUCCCUCCAAACAUGUUGCCAGUGUUGUUGUUGUCAUUAUGACAGAAUCGCUUGGCCUUGGGGAAAGCUUUUCGCUUGACGAAAUUCGAAACAAGUGUGAUUGAGAAUGUGGUUGCAGUUCCUGUCUUCGUGGCAAAGCCGGGGAAAAAAUUUUUGACCAUGCAAAAGCUGGAUAAACUGAGCAAAAGUUCAAGCUCGUGCGUGCUAUGGAGAUAAUUUCGUUAUAAACAACAAGAGUUCAAUAGAUUGACAGUGACGAGAGUACGAGGCGCCAAGAUUAUAUUCAACUUUUUUGUGUUAUAAGUAUGUAUGUUUUGAAAUUAUGAACUGGAAGUAUGAAUUCACUGAUAUUACUCUCAUAUAUAUUGACACUAAAUGAUGAUAUUCUUGUGACACUGAAUGAUCUAAUAGUAAUAUUAAAUUAACUUAAACAAUUCUGGUCAAUCUAGUGAUCACGUUAGUUCACUUCAUCAUGUCUCUUCACAGGACAAUUGCUAAAUAUAAUUAUGCUUGUUUCCCUCUAUAUCAGAGCUCAUCAGAAUGCUCAGGAAACACUGAUAAAAAUUUUAUUACAUCAACAAAUCUUUCUUUUUCUUAACUGAUUUAUAUAUGAUUUAUUAUAUAUAAAUGAUUUACAGAUUUAUAACAGAUUUAUGAUAUGAUAAUACAUAUAAUUUAUAAACAAUUAUUAUUAGCACACAUAUAUCCAAGGGGAUAGGCAUGCAUAUGACUCAAGGGCUUAUGGCCCCCUGAAAAUACUGAAUAUACUAAAUAUAAUUACAGUUUGUGACAUGAACAGUCAGUCAGGUAAGCACCAUUCACAUAAGAACCUGUUUAGGCUAACUUGGAAAAAAUCUAGGUCCUUAUUAUAUGCAGGGUAACCAGGGUUUUACUGUGUUGUCUGAUUUCAUGUCACAAAACAGGCCAUAGCAGCUUGUGCUGACAAUAUAUAUAUGCAUGGGAUGGUGCCACUCUUUGUGACACAAGAUCAGGCAAUCAUAGUACAAAAUGAACUGGGUUGUGUUUCAGAUUGCUUUGUGUAGGAGGCAAUCCAUCUAGAUGAAAGAAAGCUCGGAUUUAAAACCCCCAGACCCCACCUUUGGGCAAUACAUGUAGUGACUACAUGAUCAUUAGAGCUUGGAAAUUAGGUUAAAUUCUUAAAGAAAAGCGACUCAUUUUUGGUAUGUGCAUGAGGUAUAAUUUACAUGUAUAUAAAUUAAUAUUGUGCCCAAAUUAUCUAACUAAUAGCUAUGACUAUGUGUAAAGCUAUUCUGUAAAGCUAUACUGUAAAGCUGCUAACAUGCACUCAAUGACAUUUUCAGUAUUCUGGAUUAUUUUCAUUACUUUGUGAAGAGUUUAUUUUUUUUGAUUUAUAUACAUUUUUGAUUUGUCUUCAUGUGAUAAAAUAAGAACCUGAAAUGUUAGCCUAAACAAAUUCUUAUUUUAGCGUGUCUAAAAUAAAAAAAUUUAGCCUAACAGGUUCUUAAAUUAUAGGUUCUUAUAUGCAAGCUUUUAGUCACAAUUAGGGUGAAAAAAUAUACUAGUAAUUAUUAGUUGAGUUUGUUUACAUCAUAUAUAAGUUUCUGUGAUCAAUUAACAGCUAUCAGCACCAAACAUUCUUACUUUUUCUGAAUUAACGUCGGCAAAAAUUUGCCGACCUGGGAGGUUGAUAGGUCGGCAUUUAGGUCGGCAUUGCCAAAUGCCGAUCUCGUUUUCGAGGGCUGUGCUUUGAUUAAAAUAUACUUUGAUCAGAGAAACUUUUUAUGUUUCUAUUAAGUGAGCACAAGUUGUCCAUGAAAAGACAGUCAAAAACUGUAAAGCACGGUCAAGAAGAUGAAUUUAUAUCAUUUAUCACUCUGACAAUAAUAUAUAAACAGCCAUCCAAAACAUGUUGACUCCAAAUUGCUCAUUAACACUUUUUCAUUGACAACUCCUACUCACAAGUAUCAUAUCUUUAGGCCUUAAUUAUAUGGGUUUCAGUUUGUAAAUAAAAGAGAUAGAACAGUUCGUAUGUAACGAUACGGUAUAAUUAAAAUUUAAAAUAGUAAAUAAAGAGAAUUUUAUAGUCAUUAAUUAAAACCUCGAUUGAUGGACUUCAACAAGCAAUUUCACUGAAUGAUCCACAGUGAAGGGAGUGAAUAGCAGCUAUGUUGGGUGAAAUGUCCUUGGAUUCUUUUCUUGAAAACCUUUAGUAGAAGCUUGAGGAUGUAGGUAUAUCAUGGGGAAACGUAGACAGAAAUGGCACGCUCUCCAUCGAGGAAAACAAUAAAAUAGAUACACUUUGAUACACUUUGGAAGCAUCCCUGCUAGCGUGGUAUUCUUUCCUACUCGUCAUGUUGCCUCAAAAACUCGUUAUUUGACGGAUUGUCGCUCAAAAAAGCUCAAUAUAUUUUGGAAACUUCUAGCUUCACUCCUUCGCUUGCGAAAAAAAACAACGCGCGUGCUAUGCCAGAAAUGAGACUGGACCGAGUACAAACCGAGUUGCCCAACUUCCGGUGGAGUCCCCAGGCAAAAACAAUCACAGACAUGCGCAGAAGGGACUGUAACCUACCUUUAAGAACGCUCGAUACAACAAAAACAUGCGGGCCUGAUGAAAUUCCUGCUCGCAUAUAAAAGAAUGUGCAUCGAAAAUUUCUCCUUCCCUAUGCUCCCUUUUUAAUACGUCACUUAAAAUUGGCAAAGUCCCUGACGAAUGGAAGAAAUCGAACGUAACUCUGGUGCACAAGAGGGAUUUGCAAGAGAAUGUUUCCAACUAUAGACCGAUAUCUUUGCUGAGUAUUAUUUCUAAAGUAACGGCACGUUGUAUUCAUAACCAGGUUUAUCCAAUCCUCUCUGCACUAAUAAAUAAAACACAACAUGGUUUUCUAAAGAAGCGAUCAUGCGUUACCCAAUUAUUGUCUGUACUGCAUGACAGUGGGCCGGGAAAAACCUGGACAACAACAAACAAGUAGACAUGAUUUAUUUAGACUUUGCUAAGGCCUUUGAUUCCGUCGACCACGCGAUUCUCCAUCAUAAACUUUACGCGCACGGACUCAGAGGUUCUAUAUUGCUCUGGUUUAAGGAUUAUUUAACUGAUAGAUGCCAACGCGUGGUGCUAGAAAAUGUUGCUUCUGAAUGGUCCCCUGUUACCUCUGGGGUACCUCAGGGGAGCAUUUUAGGGCCAUUGUUAUUUACAAUAUUUAUCAAUACUCUGCCUGAUUCCCUAUCACCUGCAUCGAAAACUGCUCUUUACGCGGACCAUUCAAAAGUUUAUCGACCAAUAACAUCUCUGGUUAACUUCAUGGCCCUAUAGCAAGACCUGAAUAACCUUGAUGUUUGGAGCGUCAAAAACAGUCCACAGUUUAAUUCAUCUAAAUGUGAAAUCCUCACAGUUACAAGAAAGAAAAAUCCCAGUACAUUUCCAUACAACCUGGCUGGUAAUGAUCUUGUUCGUUGUGAUGAAGUAAGAGAUUUGGGGAUAACAAUAACUUAUAAUCUUAAGUGGGAUUCUCAUGUCACACGAAUUCGAUCUACUGCAAACAAAUGUCUGGGUCUCCUGAAACGGACUUGUUAUGAUUUACCUGAUACGCGAGCUAGGAGAGCUUUGUAUCUAUCCCUAGUUAAAUCGCAACUAAGUAAAUGUGUUGUUACUGCUACCACAGGUAAAGCAGCUUAUAACAUUAGAGGUGUAAUGGUGCAUUCUGUAUUAAAGUUACCUAUUGGGUCAAGAGGUAAUAAAGACCUCACAGGACAAAGCUUGUGUAGGUUACAAGAGAGUGUUAAUAACAUUGGAUACAUCAUUUCUGAUGAAUAUUCCAUGCUUGGCCAAGUUACUUUUGGUUGGAUAGACAAGCGUUGCAAACAAGCAACUGGUUAUAAUGACAAAGUAUUUGGAGGAAGAUCAUUGAUUUUAACUGGUGACCCAAGCCAAUUGCCACCAGUCGCAGAUAAGCCUCUUUACCAUGCUAAACCAUCAAACGCUGUUGGUGAACAAGGUCAUCAAGCAUAUCAUAUGUUUGACAAAGUUCUUAAACUCACUGUAAGUUAACGUGUGCAAGGUAUAACAUCUGAGCAAGCUAGUACAGUUCAGAAAUUUGUUAUUGCGACGUCGCAAAGGUGACUCAACUGUUGAUGACUGGAAGUUACUUCUGACACGCCAACCAUCAAAUGUCACUAAUUUAUGUGACUUUGAAGAUUCCACUAGACUCUUUUAUAGUAAUGAACAAGUUGGUAAUUACAAUCAUGAGCAGCUAACAACACUUGAGCAUCCAAUUGCUCAUACUAAUGCGCGCCAUUCAUCUGCAUUGGUCAAAAAGAUAUCCUCAAAUGAUAUGUCUGGGUUUGAACCCGUUGUGUUUCGAGCAAAAGGUGCUAGGGUCAUGUUAACGAUCAAUUUGUAGUCAAGUGUUGGCCUCUGCAAUGGGGCUACUGGCACAGUUGUUGAUAUUAUCUAUCAGAACAACCAUCAACCUCCUGACUUACCUAUUGCGGUAAUAGUAGAAUUUGAAAACUAUAGAGGACCUGUUUUUAAUGAAAACCAACCAUUAUGUAUCCCAAUAAUUCCAAUCACUCUCACAUCACAGACAAGAUUAGGUUUCCAUGAAAGACAACAGUUACCUCUUAGGCUUGCUUGGGCUCUAACAAUACACAAGAGCCAAGAACUCACACUUCCAAAAGCAUGGAUAGAUAUUGGCAAAUCUGAAGGAACUGCUGGAGAUUCUUAUGUUGCUAUUAGCAAAGUAAAAUCGCUUGCCUCUUGUGUCAUGGAACCAAUGACGUAUGAACGAUUAACAAGCUUGAAAUAA